CACGCCCUAAUAGAUGCAGAAUGGUUCAUUACAGACUUGUCCCUUUCUUUUUCGCAUUUUCUUUUUCUAGGAGUGAACGAAAAUCAAACGUCAGCCUGGUACUUGCCUCCACCAUUUCCGUUGAGCGACUUCCCCAAUCCAAAUCCACUUCUCCAAAAAAUACCCAAAAAGAAGGGGAAAAAAAUGAAAGCUCUGUUUAAUUCAGACUCAAUUUUAUCUCCAAUCCCAGUACGCAAAAUCAUACCCCAAAUUCCCCUUCAAAAACCCACUUUCCUUCCAACAACAAAAAAUGGUGGUUUAAGGAUUAAAGCUGUUUUGUAUUCGGCUACAGUGGAUGAUGAACACGGGCUGUCCGAAACCCAUAUUCGGAACCCGGCGAUUUCAACCUCCUACCGGAACCCGAAGUUCCGGCCGCCCAACCCAACUGUUUUGGAUGCCCAAACUAAGGUCUGCACCGGGCCUACUCAGACUAGGCCUCUCAAAGAAGAACAGGCUUUUAAGGUUCUUGAUACCAUUUUGAGAUCAGUGAAGGGAGAGCUCAAAGAUGAAGAGAAAGUAUCCGAGGCGCAACUUGGGGCAUUUUUUGCUGCAAUGACAAUUCGUGUGAAUACCUUUCCGGAGCCAACACAAUGGAGUGAAGGCGAAAGGAAAGCAAUAAAUUAUUAUUGGCCACAACUAGUUCGAGUACUACCUCCAGAUAUUAUCUUUCUAGCUGACCCUGAAGGGUCCAUCAUGGAAAUAGGUAGUUCUAUAGGCCCCCAGUUUAUUGGCAACAGCACUUCUGAUAUGAGACUGGUGGGUGCGCUCAGGGAAGUCUUGGCUGGUGGUCAUCUUGGGUAUGAGGAGGUUCAGGGUGUUCUGAAAGACGUACUUCCACUGAGGUUAGAAGAUACUUUAUCAGCGAAUGUGAGUACAUCACUACUUUCAGCAUUUUUGAUAGGUCAGCGCAUGAAUAGGGAAACAGAUCGAGAGCUAAAAGCUUACUGCCUUGCAUUUGAUGACGAACUUGGCCCAGUACCAGUUGCUGAUGUGAAAUCAUUGACCCACUAUGGUGAACCUUAUGAUGGUAAUACCCGCUACUUCAGGAGCACGCUUUUUGUAGCUGCAGUUAGAUCCUGUUAUGGUGAAUCUUGCUUGCUUCAUGGCGUGGAUUGGAUGCCGCCUAAGGGUGGCAUUACAGAAGAGCAAAUGUUGAAGUUCAUGGGGGCAAAUACGCACUUAUCCCCACUGCAAGCUAAAAAGCUUCUUGAGGAUGAUAAGAUUGGUUUUGCAUAUAUAAGUCAACGUGAAGCUCGUCCAUCUCUAUAUUCACUGACUGGAUUGAGGGAACAUAUAAAGAAACGUCCACCAUUGGCAACGACAGAGAAAGUUCAGCAAUUUGUGCGGGCACACGGUAAGGAAGCAAUUGUUGCUGGAUUUUAUCACGGAGGUUAUGAGGAGUCUAUUUUGAUGCUAAUGAGAAGAAGAGGUGUUCAAGCUGGUUUGGUGGUGAAGGUAAUUAAAUAUCUUAAGACAGUAAGGGAAUGUUUAUUUAUAAGUAAAAAAGUUAGGUUUAAAAUGAAUAACUUUUUCAUUGGUGUUGUAUUUAGNGAAUUGGGAUUAGCAGCUCUGCGUGGGGAGAAGGGUCCCGCAUAUGAUCGUAUUGUUUUAAAUGCUGGAAUGGUUGAUCAUUUGCUAGGAUGUGAUGGUGCAGAAGAUAUCUCCAUAGCCAUGGAAAGAGCCAGAGAGGCCAUUGAUAGUGGUAAGGCUCUAGAUAGGCUUUUAAAUUACAUAAAGAUAUCUAACAAAGUGGACUGAAAAGGUGUAGUUUGCAGUUGAAUUUUUUGUAGUUUUCAUCUCUGUAUUUAAAUGAAAUUUUGCUUUUUUUGUUUUUUUUU